GUGGGCGGGAGCCGCAGUGGCGGCGGCGGCUGCUGGGGGCGGUGAGAGCAGCGGGGGGCUGCCCCUCCCCGGAGGCGGCGGGGGCGGCCGCGGCCGCGCCGUACCGCUCCGUGCGGGCGGCCAUGGAGCGCGCUUAGGGCCCGACAGGAAUUGUGGAGGCGCUUCAGUGAAAAAAAUGUGCAAUUAUGGAAUCGCCUUGCUAACCAUCACCACCUGCUCUCCUUGAUAAGCCAGCAAGACAGUGAGUCAGGGAGAAGGAAAAAAGGCCAACAUGAAGCUAAAGCAGCGAGUCGUGCUGUUAGCAAUACUUCUUGUCAUCUUUAUCUUCACCAAAGUUUUCCUGAUUGACAACUUAGAUACAUCAGCUGCCAACCGGGAGGACCAGAGGGCUUUUCACAGAAUGAUGACUGGUUUGCGGGUAGAGCUGGUGCCCAAGCUGGACCACACUUUACAGUCUCCAUGGGAAAUAGCAGCGCAGUGGGUGGUGCCCCGGGAAGUGUACCCUGAAGAGACACCAGAACUGGGGGCAAUCAUGCAUGCCAUGGCCACCAAGAAAAUCAUUAAAGCUGAUGUGGGUUAUAAAGGGACACAGUUAAAAGCUUUACUGAUACUUGAAGGAGGACAGAAAGUUGUCUUCAAACCGAAGCGGUAUAGCCGAGACUAUAUAGUAGAAGGAGAGCCAUAUGCUGGUUAUGAUAGACACAAUGCAGAGGUUGCAGCUUUUCAUUUAGACAGGAUUCUGGGCUUCCGCCGAGCUCCCUUGGUGGUUGGCAGAUUUGUUAAUCUUCGGACAGAAAUCAAGCCUGUUGCCACGGAGCAGCUGCUGAGCACCUUCCUAACUGUAGGAAACAAUACUUGUUUCUAUGGGAAGUGCUAUUACUGCCGAGAAACAGAGCCAGCAUGUGCCGAUGGAGACACAAUGGAGGGAUCUGUUACACUUUGGCUCCCAGAUGUGUGGCCUCUGCAGAAGCAUCGACACCCCUGGGGGAGGACUUACAGAGAAGGCAAAUUAGCCAGGUGGGAGUAUGAUGAGAGUUACUGUGAUGCUGUUAAGAAAACAUCCCCAUAUGACUCAGGCCCACGCCUUUUAGACAUCAUUGAUACUGCAGUCUUUGAUUACCUGAUUGGCAAUGCUGACCGACAUCACUAUGAGAGCUUUCAAGAUGACGAAGGCGCUAGUAUGCUAAUCCUUCUUGAUAAUGCCAAAAGCUUUGGGAACCCCUCGCUGGAUGAGAGAAGCAUUCUUGCCCCUCUCUAUCAGUGUUGCAUCAUUCGGGUUUCUACCUGGAACAGACUGAACUACCUUAAGAAUGGAGUGCUAAAGUCUGCCUUAAAAGCUGCCCUGGCCCAUGACCCCAUCUCCCCCGUGCUGUCUGAUUUUCACCUGGAUGCAGUAGACCAGCGGCUCCUGAAUGUCCUGGCCACCAUAAAGCAGUGCACUGACCAGUUUGGGAUGGACACUGUGCUGGUAGAAGAUAGGAUGCCUCUCUCGCACUUGUGAUUUUCAACACAAAAUAAGUGAAACUUAUUUUUACGAAGAUAGAAAAACAGCACAAUCAACUCCAAAUGGCAUGAGACGGCUUGCAGGUGGUGGCCAGUGGCAAGUUCUGUUGGUAAAGGACAGGGUAGCGUUGGGGGUUUCUGGGGUUUUCUGUAGUAGGUAAGGCUUAAAGCAAAGACCAUGACCAUUAGAGCAUGAGCUGUUUCUGCAGAAUCAGCUGAAUUUCUUAGCACUUGCCCUUUCUAACAGUGGUCAGUCUUUAUGAAUCCCAUGCCAAAGGACAAACAGGUGUGGCAUUUGGAUCGGUAAAUGCUGGCACUGGCUUCAGAGUGUGUGUUUUGAGGUAAACUUUGCAGACGUUCUCCACACCUGUGGAUUUUGUAGAACUAUUUCACAGACUCUUGUCUUUUUUGUCCCAGGGCUAGUCAAAUUGGAAGGCUUACUGCCUCCUUCAGCAUGGCAGCAAAUUAAACCUUCAUUAUGUUGAGCCAAAAUAGCACACUGUUGAAGAGAUCCAUUUUUAAGAUAGAAUUGGAAGGAAAGACAAAGAGGAACAUGUUCAGGCUUUUAAACAAUUGGGUAUUAUAGUUUCGACUAACUCAGGGAAGGGAAGGAAAGAGACUCAUCUAGUAGAAUCAGAAUCAUCGAUUGAAAACAAGUUCCCCUCUAUUUCAGUUCUAUGUACUUCGUGGGUAAGUAAAAGCUGCAGAGCUACAGUCGUGUCCAGAUUAACCAAAAUAUUGUUUCUGUAGAAAAUACUCUUACAACUCAAGCACGAUUCCUUUUAUGGAGCUUUUUUCUUUUCCACCUUUUUGCCUAAAGUAGGCAAAUUCUAAUUAACAAAGCAAACUUUUGAUAACACCUUGAGUAAAGGUCAGGAAUUAUGGCAGUCUCUGCCAUCCUCAUUUCUCUUCUGAAGUAUAUUCCCCCCCACUGCUUUUGGACAUUUGGGCAUGAAAGGUGCUGUGCCCAGCAGAUCUGCAGUCCUGCUUUUGCCAUGUGAGAAAAGGCAACUGUGCUAUACAGCAGAUAAUACACCCCCUGCUUGAUGGUAGCUCAGCUUGUGAGUUAGGCUGUUUGAAGAUUAGAAUAAAAGAUUUCAGGCCUUCUGAGUCUUGAAAUUAAAGAAGUUACCAGAAGGAGCAUCCAGAUUUUGAUUUAUUCCAGAUCCUACAUUCAUCGUUGAGUCUCAUGUUGAGUUCUGAGCUCAUGAGGUAGUAAUAUUCUCCUCAUAGUACUCUCAACUUUAGGUUGCUAAACCACAGGUUUAGCUUUGGGUUCUGCCAAGGUGGUUUUGACAUGUAAGCAGCUACAGUAAAUUAUAGGGCCAAGGGCCAGGCCUGCAUUGCCCACUCUCCAGUGCCCUCAGAGCUCUUUCUCGCCCAACUAGUCCGGGUUUGUUCUGAUCCUGCACUUCUGUCAGGCAGAGACUUGUAAUCUAAGCAGUGUGGUUGAGGACACUAAUGCCUACCAUUGCUUAGCAGUUUUAGGCAGCUAUAUACUUUGAAAAACACCAUUUGCAUCUAUGCCCCAAGUUUUCUCUCACCGAAACUAAGUACACUGUAACUACUUUAAAACAGAAUGAAAUCAUAAAACUUUCAUAUGAUCUGUAUGCACUUUGAGGUGGAUGUAAGAAUGAGCUGUUUCUUUCUUUUAAGGGGAUAUUGAAUUUAAAAAAAUACUAGCACAAAACACAGUGUUAACCAAAGGAGACAUUGAUUGCAGUUUUAAGGCUACUUGCUUUCUGUGGGUGUCCAGACUAAUUCUCAGUUCAGCUAGAGAAUACCUUAGUCAGUGCUCACCCCAGAGCUGUAGGGAGCCAUUGGUAGGAGACAGCAGAACAUUAGUCAGCUCUGCUCUAAGUAACUUCUGAUCGAACGAAAUUAUGGUUUAGUGUCUUUUCAGACAUGUUGCCUUUAGUAUACCACACAAAGAACCACCAUUCUCAAACUGGGAACUUCUUUCCUAAUGUGGAAGCAGAAGAUUCUGCUGAGGAAAAACAUAGGAUGGAAAGCUGCUUUGAAAAAACA